CCUCUUCCCCCCCGCCCCCUUCUCCCUUCUCCAGCAGCCUGAGCCCGGCCCGCUAGCCGGGCUGGCAGGAGGGCGGCGGCGGCACCACCAUGAGCUCUGAGGGCGGCCACAGCGGCAGUCGGCGCCGCGGGGCGGAGAGCAGGGACGCCGAGCCUCCCCCGCCGCCGCCGCCGCCGCCGCCGCCGCCGCCGGGAGAGCCAGCCUCGGUCCCCGCGCCUCCGCGCUACCUGCCGCCGCUGCCUGCGCCGCCCUGGUCCCCCGAGCGCUCUGCGGGGCCCGACGAGCAGCCAGCGGAGGUGGUCCAGCGGCGCGAGGGCGCAGAAGAGCUGCCGCUGCCGCCGCCACUGGGGCCCCUGUCGCCCGCAGGGCAGGAGGUUUCGGUGGCUGGCGACUCCGGGGAAGGUCCGAGGCGCCCUCCGGAGGCGACGGUCCCUGAGGAGGCGGCUGGAAAGGGCGGCCCCGGGGAACCCGAGGCCGGCGCAGGUGGGGAGGGCGACCGGCGGGGAGCCGGGGACCAGCCCGAGACGCGCUCGGUCUGUAGCAGCCGCAGUAGCAGCAGUGGCGGCGGUGAUCAGCGCGCCGGGCACCAGCACCAGCACCACCAGCCCAUUUGCAAGAUCUGCUUCCAGGGGGCCGAGCAGGGGGAGCUGUUAAACCCCUGCCGAUGUGAUGGGUCGGUUCGAUAUACACAUCAGCUAUGCUUGCUAAAGUGGAUCAGUGAGAGGGGUUCCUGGACCUGUGAGCUCUGCUGUUACAGAUACCAUGUCAUAGCCAUUAAAAUGAAACAACCUUGCCAGUGGCAAAGCAUUUCUAUAACACUGGUUGAGAAAGUUCAGAUGAUUGCUGUAAUCCUAGGAUCCCUGUUCUUAAUAGCAAGUGUGACCUGGCUCCUCUGGUCAGCCUUCAGCCCCUAUGCAAUGUGGCAGAGGAAGGACAUCCUUUUUCAGAUCUGCUAUGGAAUGUAUGGUUUUAUGGAUCUAGUGUGCAUAGGUCUCAUCGUCCAUGAAGGAGCUGCAGUUUACAGAGUGUUUAAGCGCUGGCGAGCUGUUAAUUUACACUGGGAUGUAUUAAAUUACGACAAAGCCUCGGACAUCGAAGAAAGUAGCCGGGGAGAGUCUUCCACAAGCAGGACUUUAUGGUUGCCAUUGACGGCGCUGCGGAACAGGAACUUGGUCCACCCAACACAGUUGACCUCCCCAAGGUUUCAGUGUGGCUACGUGUUACUACAUCUGUUCAAUCGAAUGAGGCCCCAUGAAGAUUUGUCAGAAGACAACAGCUCAGGGGAGGUUGUGAUGAGAGUAACUUCAGUGUGACAAAGUUAAGAAGGUGCAGUGUGGACCACCCUGUGCAUCUUGGAAUGUAAUUGCAAUCAAUGAAAGGCAAAACCAUAGCACUUCUAAAAACACACAUCUAUGAACUUUUUAAAAUUUAUGCUUUUUAUAUGAACAUUUGAAUUGCAAAUACAUUUUUCUGAAAAAAAAAAAAGUUCUCCUGUUCUUUGCUUUCUGAUUUACCAUAUCUUUUAUAAGUUGGUACUUGAAACCGUUAUCCAUAUUAUUUAACUCUACUUGGUUAAAAGAAUGAUGAAAGUUAUCCUUAAGGUCAAAACUAUUUUUUCUUGCUUGUUUUAAAUAUAUUUUUUAUCAAAUGUUUUGCUCCAUGUGUAAUUUUUUAGGCAUGCUACAAAUGGGGAAGAGUUUAGAAUAAUACUGCAGGCAAGUUCCCAAGUGCCUAUCAACUACCUGGCAUAGAGAUGCUUCUAUGACCUGCUGCACUGGUUUCCCUCAUGCCUCAUGCUGGUUGGCAAAUUUGAGCAUGACUUUCUUUGUGGGAUAAAACAACCUGUCACCAUAAGAGCAAGUUCCAGGAAUUAUGGCUUGUUCUCUAACUUCUGAAACAGUUACAGAGAUCUUACGAAGAGAUAAUAACGGUUGGAAUAAAAUAGUGUUACAGGCAUAUUUUGAAGAUAUUGCUGAUUCAGUUCCAGACCUGGCAAGAAAGCAAAAAUCUCAAUAAAGUAAGUUACUCGAAUUUUUGGUUUCCCAGAGCAUAUAAAAGUUAUGUUUAUACUCUACUGCAGUGUAUUAAGUGUACAAUAGCAUUCUUAAUAUAUAU